GGUCUUCUUCAUCCAUAUUUUCAUAGUCAACGGCACCCUCGGACUGAAAAGACCGCCCCCUGUGUCCAAGCAAGCAAGCAAGCAAGCAAGCACCAAGAUGAUGGCCAAAACUGUGUUCACUCUUGCUCUCCUGAGUGUCUCCCAGGUCUUCAUGACCUGCGCGAAGCCCUGGGGAUCGGACAGUCACGAAGAUUUCUUCGGCUCCGUGGGAACCUUCCGCUUGCCCAUCGUGGCUUCAGCCUUCGCUGUCCCAGUAGCGCGCUCUUCCGCUGUAGCUGCUCCAGCGCCAGCUCCAGCUGCUCCUGCACCAGCCGCCCCUGCACCGGCGCAAGCGCCAAGCUCCGGUGUUUCCCGCGUCGGCUUCGCUUUCGCAGCCGACGACAGCCGCGAGUUUGGCUACGACGGAUCGAAUGAAGUCAGGCUCUUCGCCUUUGGCGCCAACAAGAACCAAGUCUGGUAAUUGUCUCCAGCAUCUGUGGCGUUGUUUUCAGUUCCUAAAGUGUAUGACAUUUAGCAGUUAGUUUUUGGUCACUAGAUGUUUUUUAGUGUAAUUAGCAUUUAGCAACUUCCCUGAUAACAGCGUAUCGUUGCGUUAAAUCAUUUAUAAUAGAGUAAACAGACUAAUAAAAGUAAUGACUCUUCUGUCGAAUAGUACAUGUUUGGCCUUGUGAAAUAUAAAGUAUAAUCUUCAAUAUAG